UACCCUAUAGGGUUUCCAAGGAGUGGCUGGUGGAUUUGAACUGCUGACCUUUUGGUUAGCAGCCAAACACAUAACCACUGCGCCACCAUUAACAUUAACAUAAUAGCAUGAUUUUAUUUCAUUAUAAUGUUAUUAUUUACUGUUUAUCUAAAUAUCUAAUAUAACAUUAUUUGUUUCAUAUAGUGUUAUUUCAUAACUCCAAUUGACCAAAAUCAAAUUAAGAUAAUACUGAAGAGCUUAGAAACUUGUUUUCAUCUAACUUUGAGUACAGACUAUGUUAACAUUGUAUUCUGCAGUAAUUAAAAUCUUGUGAGACAACUGCAUUUUUGUUACUUGUUUCUCCUCUGUGCUGAGAAGGAUUCCAUAAAAUAUGCCACCUAAAAGAACAGUAAAUGUUCAGUGUAGGAAGUGAGUCUAAUAGUUUAAUUGUUUAGAUAAAUGGAGUCCUAAACACCUGAAAAAUAGAUUGAUUAGUGACUAUAAAUGAUGAACAAAAGGAAAUAGGAAAAUUUGGCCUGGAGGAGUGAAAAGAGAAAUGAUAAAUUUGCAGGUUCAAUAGUAAUUAGCAUGUAUGAUAUGUGAUUUAUUAAGUAUCAUUUGAUAAAUUCUUUAAUUUUUAUUUUACAAAGGAAUAACUUACUGUCUCAAGGAGAGAAGUGUUUAACAAUAAAACAUUUAAAAUGCAUAUAACUUUGUUAGAAAUUAAGUAGAUUUAAUAUUUUCAAUAACUCACUUUCCUAGUUAAUGUUUUUCUUUUAUUAUUUUUAGUGGAAUAAAUCUUCCCUUUGCCUACUUUUGAAACUGGUUUUACUAAAAAGUCAGUUUUUAGUGCUGCUUUGACUUUAGUGUUUGGAGCAGAGUUAUGUCACCUCAAAGCCCCAGUAAAUUUAGAGUGGGAUAUGGAGCGAUUACUUUUUUUUUUUAAUUUUUGGUUUUGCUCUUUUGCUUUUAGCUAGGCAUAUGUUCUGCUUAAUUUAUAUAGGACUCUUUUGUCACCUGAGUUUUAUUCUGACUGAUAGUUAGAUGUUUUUAGUUACUCCUAAUCACAUCAGUAGAAGUAACUUAUCCCUAGUUCUGGCAAUACAUUGCAAAGAGGAAGUGUUACAGUAUCUCACAUAGCCAGAAAUGUUGAAGCCUGAUAAGGCUGUUUAUUUGCCACGUAUGCAUUGCACUGGAUUUAUGCAAACCAACUGUAGUUUGCUUUGUGGUUAACCUGAAGAAAAUGCUAUGGUUUAUUUUUAUCCUUUAUCUUGAAACAAGGGGACAUAAAGUAUUUUUACACCUGGUUUCAAAACUCUCCUGUUUAUUAUUCUGCUUUGAGUUGCUAUUAAUAUUUUUUUCUUACCUGGAUAAGCUCUGGGUUUCAGUUUCAUAUUUAAUUUGAGACAGAGCUGUUCAUGUAUGUGUGGUUUUGCAAAACUCUAAAAGUAGUAGUAUGAAAGAUUUCUAAGCAGUGGUUUAAAUAGUAAGGAACUCUUUACGACCAAAUUAACAUUUGAAUGAUCACUUACAAAGUAUCUUUCAAAAUACAUCAGGGACUGUAAAAAAUAUUACUCUUCUUCAGUUACUUUUAAGUGUUGUUUAUGUGUUAAAUAUAAAACUAUAAAGGAAUAAAAACUAUGCAUAUUCCCAGAAAUCAUGGUUCUUUUGAAAUCGAGACACGAAAAAGUAAUUAGGAAUUUAACACAUAAAAAGAUACAAUGUAAAAGUAAUUUAUGCUGAUAAAUUAUAUGUAAUGUUAAAAUGAAAAAGUAUUGAAUUCAGGAUUUGUAGUUGAAUGUGGAUUUUCAUUAUAUCAAAACAUUUGUUGCAUGGAAUCCUCCCUUCAGAGAAUGAAUAAUUAUAGAAUACUGAAUUUUUCUAAAUACCUGAAGAGUUGCAGUCUUCAGUGCUUUUUGUUUUCUUUAGUCUGCUUUUAAUUUUUUUUUUUUUUUUGCCUCUUUUUGUUGGCCGUGUCUUUAGUGUUCCUGGCUUCUAUUCUGUUUUUCUGCUGCUAAUGUGCUGUGAGUUUGGAAUCCAGAUAAUUGAGUUUAGUGAGAGGCAGUAGGAUAGAGUUGGAUAUGGAAUCGGGAAUAUUUUUGCUGAACUUUAAGAAUUAACAAAGAAUCCUAUGGGCAUACAAGUAGUAAGAAGUCAUACACAAGGUAUAAAAAAUCAGGCUUGUCUUAGAAACUUUGCCAUAGCAAUGCUCAGUGAAUACAAGAGUGUGGGAUAGUAUCUUCAGAUUUCUGAGGGAAAGAAAAUAUGUCUCAGGCAUUUUAUAAAUCAUUCAUAUUGUUCUGCAAGUAUAAGGGAAGAGAGAGCUAACCAAGGAAUACCAGAAAAAUACAAUACCCUUGGCCCCUCUGUAUAAACAAACAAACAUAAACUAGCUGAGGACAGAGUUCAGGCAACCAAGAGAUGAAUCAGAAUAAAAACUUCAGAAUGUAGUAGCCAUAGAAAAGUUGUGUACGUUGACUUCAUUUUAAGUAGAGUACUGACACUAGCAACUGUGGGAAUUAUGUACAGACCAGAAUGCAAAUGUUAUAAACCUUGAUACUGUAAAAAUGCAGGCUGUCCUCACUUUGCACAGUAGUGCAGGACUGUAAAAAUGAUUAUGCAAGCUGAAAUUGUGCAAAGUGGUAAUGGUGAUCAAUGGGGAGAAUGACAGUUGUCCUGUGACCUUUAAAUAAUCUUUGUCAAAACAUUAAAAACACACUUGCUGUUACUUAUAAAUGUAUAGGGAAAUGAAAAAAAUAGUAAAACUAGUAUUUAGAACAUUAUAAUUCAAAAUAUUAGAAACCUUGAGAAAUUUUUUCUUUGUAAAAAACUUGUCAAGACUGGUUUGAACAGUGCUUGCCUUUUUCUCAUUGUUGUAAAAUAUGUAGUGGAUAUCUUUUCUAUGCCUUGGUGAAUGAAUUGCCAUACCCCUUUCUAACUUUGGAUCUGCUUCCAACAUUUGAUUCUCUGUACCUUUGAAUGUCAUGAAAUAUCUCUGAAAAUUCCUUUGACGACAAGAUUUUUCGGGGCAUCAUUUCUUCUGGGAAGUCGUCAUGCUUUACGUCACCACCACUUUGCUCGUUUAUGUCAAUAAUUUAGCCGUCACUAAGCUCCUUUGGCUGCAUAGCUUCUAGUGUUACCAUUUUUUGUUUCUUUGCUGCAGUUUUUUUUUGUUAGCUAAUUUCCUCGUUCAGUUAUCCGUACGUCAAAGUAUCACCUAAGUUUAUCACUGGGAGACAGAGAGGCAACACAACUGCGUGCUAUGCUGUCAGGGUGUGAACUGAAUCACAGAUGCAGAGCGAUCAAUCACCAGUACUUUGAAAGAAGCUAUAUGACUGGUCACCAGUCAUGAUAAGCAUUUGUUAUUUACUUAAUGAUUUGUGAACUGAAGUGCGAGCCCCAGAGUUUGUACUUUAUGCAAUUUGUUGUUGGUUGCCGUCAAGUUGACUCACUCAUGGUGACCUCACGUAUAACAGAAUGAAAUGGCGCCAGGUCGUAUGCCAUCCUCGUGACUGAUGGUAUGUUUGAAUUCAUUUUUGUGGCUCUUGUGUCAGUCCAUCUCAGGAGGGUUUCCCUCGUUUUCACGGACUCCCUACUUUACCAAACAUUGUGUUCUUUUCUAGCAGUUGGUCUUUCCUAACGGACGUAAGUGACGAGAGUAAGCGAGCUGAAGUCUCGCCAUCUUCACUUCUAAGGAGCAUUCUAGUUGUGUUUCAAGACUGAUCUGUUACAGUUAAUAUACCAUGGUAACUGAAAUUUGGACCGUGUUGUUGCGGGACUGUUAUUAUCUAACUAAAUUGUGGUCUUAGAAACUCAUGCAGAGUGAAACCAUGCAAAGUGAAAACUGCUGUAAUAGUAUAACUGAAAAUAUCCUAAUUGAACGGGAAAAAGUAUGAGUGUGUUAAUCUUAUUAUUAUGGCAGGGAGGCAGUAAACGUUGUUUAAAGUUGAAAUAUCUAAUUAACACAAUGAUUCUAACCUCUAAAUGUUUCUCAUAACUAAUAUUAGAGGAAUUUUUAAGGACUCUUCCCCUGGUGAAGAAAAUACAAAGUUCAGCAGGUCUUUCUGUUCUUAUUUGUUUCUUACCUUUUCUGUUAAGACCAGGGACCAGGAGGUGGAGAUGUUCCAGCCCAGCUUCACUGAAGCAAGCACCCAACUUUAAGGAGCCAAGUUCCUGGUAUUCAGGGCCAGCAGCAUCAACUCCAAUACCCUUUGGGUAUUACCACAACUCCCACUAAACCUGCCUUUAUUCCUUAUACCCAUGUUGUUCUUAGUGCAGCUUCAUCUCCUACACUCCACUGCUCACUUUUGGAACAUGCUUACCCAGCUGAUGAACUCAUGCCCUUAACCUGCAGAGGUCGAGUUCGAGGCCAGGAGCCAAGUCGGGGUGACGUUGAUGAUGCCUUGGGAAAAUUUUCUCUGACACUGAUUGAUUCAUUGGACACUCUUGUGGUAUUAAAUAAAACUAAAGAAUUUGAAGAUGCGGUGAAAAAAGUUUUAAGAGAUGUUAAUUUAGAUAAUGAUGUAGUUGUAUCAGUCUUUGAAACAAACAUCAGAGUUCUUGGGGGUCUUUUGGGUGGACAUUCAUUGGCAAUCAUGCUGAAAGAAAAAGGCGAGUACAUGCAGUGGUACAAUGAUGAACUUCUCCAAAUGGCAAAGCAAUUGGGUUACAAACUUUUACCAGCUUUUAAUACUACCAGUGGCCUUCCUUAUCCAAGAAUUAAUUUAAAAUUUGGAAUCCGAAAGCCGGAAGCUCGGACAGGAACUGAGACAGAUACCUGUACAGCUUGUGCAGGUACCUUGAUCCUUGAGUUUGCUGCUUUAAGUCGAUUCACAGGAGCAACAAUAUUUGAGGAAUAUGCAAGGAAAGCUCUUGAUUUUCUCUGGGAAAAAAGACAGCGAAGUAGUAAUUUAGUGGGUGUGACUAUUAACAUUCAUACUGGAGAUUGGGUACGCAAAGAUAGUGGAGUUGGAGCAGGGAUUGAUUCAUAUUAUGAAUAUCUAUUGAAAGCCUAUGUCUUGCUUGGAGAUGACAGUUUUCUGGAAAGAUUUAAUACACACUAUGAUGCCAUAAUGAGGUACAUUAGCCAGCCACCUCUUCUACUGGAUGUGCAUAUCCACAAACCAAUGCUGAAUGCUCGGACUUGGAUGGAUGCUUUGCUUGCCUUUUUUCCAGGCUUACAGGUUUUAAAGGGGGAUAUUAGACCUGCUAUUGAAACUCAUGAAAUGUUGUAUCAGGUGAUUAAAAAACACAAUUUUCUACCAGAGGCGUUUACAACAGAUUUCCGGGUACACUGGGCUCAACAUCCUUUAAGGCCUGAAUUUGCAGAAAGUACCUACUUCUUAUAUAAAGCUACAGGAGAUCCUUACUACCUUGAAGUAGGGAAAACACUUAUUGACAAUUUAAAUAAAUAUGCUAGAGUGCCUUGUGGAUUUGCUGCCAUGAAGGAUGUUCGUACUGGAAGUCAUGAGGACAGAAUGGAUUCUUUCUUCUUGGCUGAAAUGUUUAAAUAUCUUUACCUAUUAUUUGCGGAUAAAGAAGACAUUAUUUUUGACAUAGAAGAUUACAUCUUUACAACAGAAGCUCAUCUGUUACCUCUUUGGCUCUCUACUACAAAUCAAAGCAUCUCUAAGAAGAACACAACUUCAGAAUAUACAGAACUGGAUGACAGUAAUUUUGAUUGGACUUGUCCAAAUACUCAGAUUCUCUUCCCUAAUGACCCAUUGUAUGCUCAGAGCAUUCGUGAACCCUUGAAAAAUGUGGUGGAUAAGAGCUGUCCUAGAGGCAUCAUCAGAGUCAGAGAGGAGAGUUUUAGGAGUGGAGCUAAACCCCCUCUGAGAGCCAGAGAUUUCAUGGCCACUAACCCUGAGCAUUUAGAAAUCCUGAAGAAGAUGGGGGUGAGUUUGAUUCACCUCAAAGAUGGGAGAGUCCAAUUGGUCCAACACGCAAUCCAAGCUGCAAGUUCAAUUGAUGCAGAAGAUGGGUUGAGGUUCAUGCAGGAGAUGAUUGAAUUGUCAAGUCAGCAACAAAAAGAACAGCAGCUACCUCCACGAGCUGUACAGAUUGUUUCCCACCCGUUUUUUGGCAGGGUAGUAUUGACUGCUGGGCCAGCUCAGUUUGGGCUGGAUCUGUCGAAACAUAAAGAGACAAGAGGAUUUGUUGCAAGCAGUAAACCAUACAAUGGUUGUUCAGAACUUACUAACCCCGAGGCAGUGGUGGGAAAAAUUGCUCUGAUACAAAGAGGACAGUGCAUGUUUGCAGAAAAGGCACGCAACAUCCAGAAUGCUGGAGCCAUUGGUGGCAUUGUUAUUGAUGACAAUGAGGGGAGCAGCAGUGAUACUGCCCCUCUGUUCCAGAUGGCAGGGGAUGGAAAGGACACAGAUGACAUCAAGAUCCCCAUGCUCUUCUUAUUCAGCAAAGAAGGAAGUAUCAUACUGGAUGCCAUCCGGGAAUAUGAGGAGGUAGAAGUACUCCUUUCUGAUAAAGCUAAAGAUCGAGAUCCUGAAAUGGAAGGUGAAGAACAGCCAUCCUCUGAAAAUGAGUCUCAGAAUCAGAGUGCUGAACAGGUUACAUCAAGUUCUCAGGAGGUUGAUUUGGUUGAUCCAGAGUCUCCUGAGGAGAGUUCUCUAAACUCUCACCCAGAAUCAUCAGAAUCAUUAUCUCCAGCAGAGAUGGACAGUGCUGCAGGCAUUUCCCCUUCUGAACAGAAUUCUAAUCCCACAGAAAGCCAUGAGACUACAAGUCUGGAUGAUGAAUGUACAGAUUUAGAUAACCAACCUCAAGAACAAUCAGAAACUGAGGAAGAUUCCAAUCCUAAUGUUAGCUGGGGUAAAAAGGUCCAGCCUAUAGACUCCAUAUUAGCAGACUGGAAUGAAGAUAUAGAAGCAUUUGAAAUGAUGGAGAAGGAUGAACUAUGACUCACUAAGGAAUCUGGUGGUAGGUAUUUAAAAAGAAAAGGUAAACUGUGGUUAAUAGACACCCUAAUACUAAGCAGGCUGUCUAGUGGGAGGCGUUAAGUAUGGUGAUGAGCAACCACGUUCUGACUGGGAUAGUUAUUAUAGGAAUCAGAGCAUGUUGUGUUAGAAUUGGCCUUGUUUAAAACUGCCCCAUCGAAAAUGGAAACUCAUAGUUCCUCCCUCAAACGGCAGCAUUGCACUGUCCUGCAACACCUCAGGCUAGGGAAAGAUUACUGGGCGUUUCUGGGAACCAGAUUGCUGCAGUCUCUGGAUAGACAAAAACCAAAUUUGGUUAAUAGUGGAGUGGGGAAUAGGAAUUUGUAUAGCUUUCUAAUUAAAGGAAGCUUGGCUUUCUUGGUUUUAGGGUUAGAAGCUCUUUUGGGAAGAGACAUGAGCAUUGUUGGCAUUCUGGUUAUGCUGCCUUCACAAAAACACUCAAGUGACUUAAGUGGUUAUGAAGCAAAUGCGUUCAUGGUGAGAACAGUCUUUGCUCAUCACUUUCUUGCUUCAUUCAGUGACAAGUAAUCAAGGUGACUUGAUUUUUUUCCCCCCGUCUUAACAGUGUCCUUUUUAUUUAAACCAAAGGUGAAGCCAAUGUACUUUCUCUGUGUGCUCUCUGCAUAAAGACUAAUCAGUGGGACCAGGUAAAAAAGUCAGAUAAUAUAUUGUGGAAAUUGGUUACUUAAUGCUUUGGAAAAAUUGGAGCUAGGGAGAAAUUAUAAUGUUGCAGUAUGAACUUCCCAUUGGGAAAGGUAUGACUACUCUGAAAUGGAAUUUAGCGUUAUAUCCUUGUAGGGUAGAUUAUAAAUCUUUUCCAAUUCAUUUCUCUUAGAGGUGGUUACCUCUAGCCAUAGCCUUAUUCCAUCCCAUGUUUAGUAUGCAAUUUGAGCCACAAGGCCUGUGUUGCCAACAGCUGAAUACAUUUUGUUCCAUUUUUCUAUCUUAUGGAGCCAUGAUGAAACUGUGGUAGUGAUCUAAAAAUCCUGGAAUAACUACUCGUUUUUGUUUUUUUUUUUUUGAAACUUUGGUUUCUAAAGUUGCACCUAAGGAAUCUGUCACAUUUUCUGUUGAAUCAUGCUUUUUAGGUUUGCUUUUUUUUUUCCUUCUGAUAUGGACCUGAAUUAGCCUAUGGUGACUUGUGUAAAAGAAACCUACACAGUAGUAAUUAACAUAUAGCUUAAUGAGAAUUUUUUCUUUCUUUUUUUUAAAUUUAAAAAUUUUUUUGUGGCAAUCUGGUGCUGGCCACAUUUAAGCUUUAAAAUGUUGUUGUUAAUAUCUGUAGACGAACCUGUAGUUGAAAUCAUGGCUUUACCCAUUUUAUUUAUUUGUUUAAACUUACCUGAAUCAGUUCUAAAGGAAUAUUUGAGACUUAGUUUCCUUUUUAUUUCCCAUUACAUUACACAGUAACCUUUCCUAACACAGUUUUGAGGUACUGAUGAACUUAAACUGUAUAUCGAGCUGUUAAAAGAACAGCAGUGCUGUAUUGUAGUUAUGUAUAUUCAUGUACAGUGUGUCUUAGGUCCCAGGUAAACUAAUUCUUUUAUAAGGGGUUAAAUAGCUGUUUUCGAGAAUUCCAGCUAAGCAUAAAUUGGGUCCGUGAGUAAUAAAUCUAAUAGAGAAUUCACUUUGGGGGAAAAAAAGAGUAGACGUAUACAAGAUCUUUAUUGGCCCUUAAUUAAACCUGACACCAAAAUGGAUUAUUUUUAGUCUCUUUGCAUGUGAAAUUUGGUGUAAGAAGAUAGAACUAUAAUAAAUACAGUAUAAAGAAGGAUAGACAUAGUGCUUUGUUCGUCUUAAUUGCAAAGCUGCCAAAAUAGUGGAAGCUUAAUUAGUUGACUUGCCUUGAUUUAUAUGACUGGGGCUUGGCGAAAAGGAGCAGAUGUUCCUUUAAGACUUUGAUUACAGAAGCCUUAUAUUCAUUGCUUUGGUUUUUGUAUUUGCAGCUCAAAGCCAUUGUUGUCUAAAUCUAACUUUUCUAAGUUACCAAAACAGCAUUUUUUCCCAGCAAGGAGAACUUAAUGGCAUGAAGGAUCUUGUGACACAGAAGCCAGUUUACUGCCACACUCCCUUCUUCUGGCCAUUAGGGGGAGUUGUUGCCUUUCAUUGAGGUCUAGAAGCAAAUUGUUCACUUCUGUAGAAAAGUUAAUUCUUUCAGAAAAAAGAAAAAAUUAACAUAUUAUACUUAAUACCCAGAAGGAAUCAUACUUGAUUUUUCUCUAGUUAAGAAAUGAAGGUGUAAUGUUCAACUUCAAAACCCCAGCACUGUAACUGAUUCUACAUUCAUUUACUUGACAUACUGCCAUGAAGUAGUUUUUGAGUUCAUUAAAAAAUUCCAACAGCAUUAGUUUUUUUUGUUUUUUUUUAAUGUUUUAUUUUUAAAUACCUUUUUAGACAUUUUAUUUGCUUCCUAAAGAUUCAGGGGUUUCUAUGAGACCCUGAAUUUAGAAACAUCUGGUCUACCUCAGUUAAAUGUUAACUUCUUAAAGAUUGAGCUGAAGUGAUCACCACAGCCAUAAAAUGGUUUGACUAAGAAGGAUUUAUAUAAUGUUUACAAACUUGGAAUCAAGUAAGGAUUUUAUCCGAAAGUUAAAAGUUCGAUAUUAGAGCAAGUAUUUAAUUCAGGUAUUUUCAAGUUUUGAAACUUAACUUGUUUACCUACUAAAAAUAAGAUAGCUAUAGUUUUUUCUGCUUGUAAAAGUCCAUUGAAAUGAUCGACCCUAAUUUGCAAUACUUUUCCCAUGAAGUUUUAAGUGUGAAAGAAUGGUAAUUUACUGGAUAUGUCUGGGGUGGGAUAGUUUGUUGGGUAGGGUUUUGUUUUAGUUUUUUUUUCCUUCUCUUUAACCUUUAAUAGGCUUCCGACAAGAGUACAGUUGUUGUUUCAGAACAAAUUAUUUUUUGACAUGCAUUUCCUGUUUUCUUCACAGUAUUAGAGAGUGAAAUAAAAAAUGUACACUGAUUUGAACUUCUCUGGCAUAAUUACUCUCUUGAGAAUUUUUUUUAAAAUUUAAAUUACCAUCAUACAACCCUUUUUACAGUAAAACCAGCAUUUGUUCUCUUACCAAACCCCAUGCCAAAUUCAUCAUUUAAAAAAGCUCAGCAUAAGUAAUUCACAUAGCACUCAUAAUUUUUUGGGAGGGGAGAGGGGAGAACUUAGUAAAUAUUCCAAGCGGUCGUUUUAUGCACAAGGCUUCAGUCAGAACAUAGAAAAAAAAAAAAACAUUCUGUGAAUGAAAUAUUGUAUGUUCAGAUUUUAUAAAAAGACAUUUUUAAAAGCCCAAUUUACAGCCGUAUAUUUUCUUAUGAUGUAAUUUAUGAAAAAGAUGUCUGUACUAACAGGUGCUGUAACACUACUGUUGUUGGAUUUUAUUGUUUGGUGAUAAAUGUAUGCAAUAUUUCUAGGGGAAACUACUGUGAUGUAAAAGUCUGGGCAAAAUGUAUAUAAUCCUUGUAUAUAAUUGUGUAUUUGAUUAUAAUUACUGAUUGUAAAGAUUUAAUAAAACAUGUAAAUAUUC